AUGAGUGAGGGAGGCACGAGGAAGAGCUACGGGACGGGGGCCUGCAAGGAGGAGGAGGAGGAGGAGGAGGAGGCAGUGGCAGUGAUUGCUGGAGUGCUGAGGGAGAAAUUCGGGCCUCAGAUUGUGAGCGAGGAGGUGGAGGCGUGGGGGAGUGGGAUAGGAAGCAGCGAGGACGAAGAGGGGGUGGGAAUAGUGAAUGAGGAGGAGGGGGGCGAGGAGGAGGAGGAGGAGGAGGAGGAGGAGGAGGAGGAGGAGGAGGAGGAGGAGGAGGAGGAGGAAGCAGAAGCAGAAGCGUGUGAGGAGGACGCACCACCCACCACAUCUUCUCCCACGCCCCCUCCUCUACUCAACGGCCAGCGGGUCCACAUCUACGGGACCCCUCGCUCAAAGGAGAAGAACGUGACGCCGUGGCCGUCCGAAUUUGCCAAACGGCUACGAGAAGCCGCCGAAAGCGAUCGGUCUUCCACACCGUCAAGUUCCAACCGUGCCUCCUCCACCUCCACAACGGUCGAGAUGCCGCCCGCAAGGCGUUCUAGGCAGCGGGACAUCCGCGAUAUGGCGGAUUCCGUUGCCCGCGCGCGUUUGGACUACCUGUGGGCGGCAGUUGUGGCUGAAAAUGAUCUUGCCUUCAACGUCUCCAAGUCUCGUGCGCUACAGGCCUUCGUUGACGCGGCUGUCGUCUACGCGAAGCCCUACACACUCCCAACCCCUUACAAGGUGUCCGGAUCUCUCCUCGACAAGCUAAGGGCGGACGCCGAGGAACUUGUGAGGCCGUUGAAGGAGAGUUGGAAGACGACCGGGUGCAGUCUCUCGGUGGAUGGGUGGACGUGCUUGAAGUCCCGCGCGAUGGUGUGCGUCAUCGCCCUCAACGACACCGCGUCCGUCAUUGUGGACAUCGUCGACUCGAAAACCGCGAAGAAAACGGGGGAUUACCUCGCAGGUCUCAUCGGCAAGUCCAUCUCCGAAGUGGGGAAAGAUCUCGUGGUCCAGGUCAUUAUGGACAACGCCUCUAACAACCGAUCUGCGGCUGAGAAGCUUAAGGUGGAGUUUCCCGGGAUUUUCUUCACCAAUUGCGCCGCCCACUGCUUGGAUCUUAUGCUUCACGACUUUGGGAAAGUCAAGCCCAUCAAACUCGUCUUGGAGCAAGUUCAUCGGGUCGUCAUGAUGAUCAAGGGCAGCGCCUCGGCCGUCGUUCUAUUCCGCGAGCUUUUUACCAAGCUUUUGUUGGUGCGGCCGGGUGCGACACGUUUCGGCACGCAAGUCAUCAUGCUACGCCGAUUCUUGGAGGUGAAGAAGGCGCUCCAGGAGAUGGUCAUCAGCGAUGAAUGGAAAGGGGUGGCGGUGGCGCAGAAGACCGAAGGGCAGGAGGUGCGGACGCUUCUUCUCGACGACGUAUUUUGGGACUGCGUGUCUGCGGUGCUCGGCCUCCUCACGCCGGUUUAUGAAGUGCUAAGGGUGGUUGACACGCGGGCGCAAAUUAUGGGCCAAAUCUAUGGCCUUAUGAUUGACAUCACGGUCAAGACUCGGGUAGCUGCAGAGGCCGCCGCGGCGGUGUUCGUCAAGAAGACGGGUCUGCUCUUGGCCAAGGACAAGAGCUCCUUCAUCACAUCCAUCAAGGGCAUCCUUGCCAAGCGUUGGGACGGGCAACUCCACAACUCCCUGCAUGCCCUCGGAUGGCUUCUUAAUCCCCGCAACCAAUAUGCGGGGGAGGUGAGAACGGAUGCGGAGGUGAGGAAGGGGGCCAACGAGGUGAUUCAUGCCCGGGUGGGGGAUGUUGCCCAGCGCAUCAAGCUGCAGACACAGCUGGUGCAGUUUCACAAGGGGGAGGGCCGCCUCGGGUCGGAUGACGCGCUAUGGGCAGCCAGGAUUUUGGUGGCGGGGGGACACAUGACGGAUGCGGAGUGGUGGUGCAUUUUUGGAGGGGAAGUGCAAGCGCUCCAGGAGCUGGCUGUGACGUCCCUUUCACAGCCAGUCACCUCGUCAGAGGUGGAGCGGUACUGGUCCGCCCUUGCACGAGUGCAGAGGCGCGACCGGAACCGCAUCGCGGCCAAGAAGAUGACUGAUGUCACCUUCGUGGCCUUCACGAGGAGGGCCCGCGAUGCGUUUGAUCGCAAAACGCAGGCGCGUGCGAAGUUGUACGCCGAUCUCACCGACGGAACCCUCAAAGAGGGCAUUGCCGUUCUCCCGCCCGCACCAGUGGAGGCGGUUGAUGAUGGGGCUGAGGAGGAGGAGGGAGCCGAGGUGCAGGAGUGCACCAUCGAGUGGAGCGUCUUUGGGAGCAUUGGUAAGAAGAAGAAGAAGCGCGCGGGAGAGAGCUCCAAGAGGAAGAAGAAGCAGAAGGGAAAGGGGCCAUGCAAGCGGAAGGGGAGAGGAAAGAAGCAUGUGGAGGAGGAGGAGGCGGAGGAUGACGAGGAGGAGGACGACGACGAGGAGGAGGACGACGAGGAGGAGGAGGACGACGAGGAGGAGGAGGAUGAGGAGGAGGAGGAUGAGGAGGAGGAGGAGGAGGUGGAGGAGGAGGAAGGAUAG